AUGAAUGUAGGCCUGGACAACCUGCUUCAAUGCAGGUUCCGCCUAUACGACCCAACACUUUGCCUAUCGCACAAACUAUCACUAUCAUUGGGCCUAUCAUACGAUCUGCUGCUCGGUCUACCAAAACAGUCUCGGGGAACCCAAACAACACUGCCAGUACAACCAGCACAGCUAGCCCCAACUUCACAACCACCAGCCGCUGCACCAGCCGCUGCACCAACUCGGAACGGCACGCCGUACGAGCACUGGCCUCCGCAUCCAUGGUCCUCCGGGCUCCAUUUGCCGGAUAUUGGGGCAGGGCGUUUGUCUUUGAAGAGUCAAGACAAAUUCUUCAACACGAAGCCGCAUAUGUCAGACGAAGAGACGCAUUGGCACGGUGCAAAGUUCCUAGGAUUUGGAUUACUGGGCGCAGCAGGGUUGUGGUGCGAGACUGACGAGCAAAGCAACGUGGUCGACAGGAAUGGGUUGUCAAGGACAAUGCUACCGCUACCCGGAGAGCCUGGCGUGACCCCAAGGAUUGGCGAGAUCAUCUUCCUAAAGAAUUAUCGAUGCAUCGACGUGUUGGAUCGCGACGAGCAGCAGAGCCGGACGCAUGUCAGUACAUUGUAA